AUGAGUAAGCCAACGAUAGAAAGUCUGCCCAUCGAGCUGCGCAUUCAGAUUAUACUGCAGGUGCCCGAUCUACAGUCACUCCAGUCAAUAGCACUUUCUUCAACCGCUUUAUACCAGGCAUAUAUUCUAGCCCGGCAGGAAGCCGUGCCAGAAAUCUUGCGGAGACAGUAUGACGGACUCGUGGAAAUCCAUGAAGCCAUUGCCGCUGUCCGCUCGAAGCAAUUCCACGCUAACACCCCUGGAGACCGACAUAACAUCAUUGCGCUUCUAGACGCUCGCCGCCGCAGCAAAGAAAUCCGCCAGUUAAGCGCACAAUCUGGAUCGACACUGCCUCUCCCUGAUCAGCCGGCGAGCUACGAUGAAGCUUUGGAUCUCGUAAAGCUCCACGAGAUAGCGGUUUGGCUGCUUGACGACUACAGUCGCAAUGCAUCAUGCCCAUUCUGGAUGGGUAUACGUCAAUGGAAAUCCGAAGUCCUGCCCUUGAAGUUCUCCGCUUUAGAAAAGAAGCGCUACUUUCGAGCGUUUUACCGAUUUCAAACCUUCUGUAACCUCUUUGGACAGACUGAGAAUCCUGUUGAUAGCGGCGAGAGGCCAUUUGUUAAAAGCCCGUGGAACAGACAAUAUUGGGAAUUUGAGGACGACGAAGUGUGGAAGGUUUUCUUCGGCCCUUUCACACCCUGGGAGGAUGAAGAAUUUGCCUGUUUGUGGCAGCACUUUUACGACAGAAUCCACGCCAUCUACUGGGAGGUCUCUAAUGACCUGGAGGAGCACGGCCCGAAUGAGAGUGGCGAGCUUCCAGAAAAGCUGAGGGCUACUCUUCUUCCAAGCCAUACCAUACGCGAGACCGAUAAUUUGAGGCUUCACUCGGAUAAUGUUCGGGAGAAAAUAGUUUCCAUUGGCGGACGUUUUCUUUGCGAGCUUCUUCGAGAGAAAGACUUCGUCCGUCGCCGCGACAUGAUUUACGCAAACUACCUUACAUCCACUCUUGCAUGGUUUCCCAGUUAUGUUCCAUCAAAGUUCUCAGAUAAAUACCCAUUGUUGUAUCCUGCAGAUCGAUUCAAUUUUGGUACGGGCUUAGAUGGAUUGCGAGCAUUUUUGUCCACAUUGCCAGAGAUAGAGCGACCCAAUCUUUGCUUCGAACUAACCUGGCUUGAUGAGAUAGAGGAUGAUGAGCCUGUCUUCAAAGAAAUUCUUGAGGAUGGUGGAGAUUCUCGAAGCUUGGCCUGGGGGUAUGCGCUCUGGGAUAACGAGCGGCUGUACAAAUGGGCCCGGAAAUACGCUGCACCCAUAUUUGGCACAACUUUCUAA